ACAGUUUAGCAGUCCCCAAAAUUUUUACCUCAUUUAUCGCUCUUGUAUUUUUUUUCUCUAUUAUCCUAGCAAAUCGGAAUGCCAUCCACAAAUGAAUCGGCGUCAAAUCUAAAAAAACAAAGAUCAAAGUCAAUUUCAUCUCAAGAUCUCCAAGUUGGUACAUACUAUAAUAUUGAAAAGGAUGGAACGCAGGUAGGAUGUAUAGUAGAACGCCGUCUAAACGCUGGUAUAGAAGAGUACUAUAUUCAUUACGAAGGCCUGGAUAGACGAUUAGAUGAGUGGGUUACGGCGGAUCGAAUAAAGAAUUCAGUUAACAAUCCAAAGAAUGAAGAACCCGAAUCUCCAGCUACAAGCGAAGGCCGUAAGAUAACUCGUAAUAUGAAGAGGAAGCACGAGGAAACUAAUCUCCAAGAAAGUAUUCAAAAGGAAGAAUCUGAAAAUAUUGAAGAUGAUGCUGAAAAGGAACGUGAAAACCUGACGAUGAUAAAAUAUAUUGAACAAGUUCAAUUUGGUAAAAUAGAAAUGGAUACUUGGUAUUUUUCACCGUAUCCAAAUAAUUUUGGUCGAUGUAAAAAGUUAUAUAUAUGUGAAUUUUGUUUAAAAUACAUGGAAAUGGAAAAAACAUAUAGAUAUCAUAAAGGAGAGUGCGCCGUUAGACAUCCACCUGGUAAAAAGAUAUAUAAAAAAAAUCAAUUAGAAGUUUACGAAAUAGAUGGAGCUGAACAGAAAUUAUAUUGUCAAUUGCUCUCGUUAUUUUGUAAAUUAUUCAUCGAUCACAAGACAGUAUUCUUUGACAUUGGCCCAUUCGUUUUUUAUGUUUUGACCAAAGUCGAUCGGCAAGGAGCACAUUUAAUUGGCUACUUUAGCAAGGAAAAGAAAUCAGAUGAUGACUAUAACGUCGCCUGCAUAGUUAUCUUACCGCACUAUCAAAAAAAUGGAUAUGGAAAAUUUCUAAUUGGCUUGAGUUAUGAACUGACUAAACUUGAAGGAAAACAAGGAACACCUGAAAUACCUAUAUCAGAUUUGGGUAAGAAGACUUAUAGAAGUUUUUGGAUAUGGAAAUUAAUGAGUAUAAUUGAAGAUUAUAGAGGAAUUAUAAGCAUAGAUGAACUUGUAAAGGUUACUGGAAUUUUAAGAGAUGAUAUUAUUGAUACAUUUAAUUAUCUCAACUUGAAUUGUUUUCGGAAAAAUGAAUAUGUUAUUUGUAUUGUUCCAAAAAUGUUAGAAGAUAUUAAAAAUAGCGGUAUUUAUAAAGUACCGUCGUUAGUUGUCGACUCUGAUUGUAUGCUUUAAUGAAGCAUCUUUAAAACUCAUUUUGCCUAUAUAUACUUAUUUAUUUUCCUUCUGAUUUACAAUGUAUUUACAUAAACAGAGAAAGAAAGAAAGAGAGAUAUAAAUAUUUCAUUUAUUUACAUAUUUUUCUAUUUCGUGUUCGUUUCUAUUGUAUGUUCGUUUUAAAAGAUUCUCUGCUAGAGUAGGAAAGGAUUGAGAAGUAAAUUAUCUUGAACCCCUCUAUUGGGUGUUUCUCUUUUUUUUUGUUAACAAAGACUAUUGACAGAUAAAUAUUAGCCGUA